AUGAGAACUGCGAACUUUGACGACAUUGAGGCUGUGUUGUUGAAAUGGUUCACCUAUGCCAGAGAUCACAAUCUUCCCAUUUCCGGUCCGAUGCUGAAAUCUAAAGCCAGCGAUCUCGCAGAGAAGAUGGGAGAGCAAAACUUCGCCAGCAGCACAGGAUGGGUCGACAGGUUUAAGGAACGACAUGGCAUCUGUUUUAAGAAGAUCUGCGGCGAGGCCAAGUCUGUUGAUACCUCAAGCGAUGCCAUGACAAAGUGGGCCGACGACCUCCGUACUAUCCUCUCAGAGUAUCAGCCGAACAACAUAUUCAAUGCAGAUGAAACCGGCAUCUUCUACCGACUACUACCCGACCGGACACUCGACUUCAAAGGGACCGACUGUCAUGGCGGGAAACGAAGCAAAGAACGCCUAACUACCCUCGUAUGUGCCAACAUGACCGGUACUGAGAAGCUCCCCCUGUUCAUCAUCGGGAAGUCGAUCAAACCAAGAUGCUUUAAGAAUGUGAGCUCGCUACCAACAGAGUACACCGCAAACAAAAAAGCAUGGAUGACCAGCGACAUUUUCACAGAUUGGAUCCGUAAAUCUGACCGGAAGUUCGCCAGACACCGCCGCAUCGUCAUGGUGAUAGAUAACUGCCCUGCCCACCCAGUGAUUAAAGAUCUACGAGCCAUCAAACUCAUCUUCCUGCCUCCAAACACUACCAGCAACACACAGCCGAUGGACCAAGGAGUGAUCAAAAACCUCAAAGUUCACUACCGGAAGCGCCUAUUACUACGCCACGUUAAAGCCAUAAAUAGAUCACAGGUACCAGAGAUAUCCGUACUCGACGCCAUGAAACUUCUAUCACUCGCAUGGGGAUGCGUCACAGAGACUACUAUUCGGAACUACUUCCACCACGCAGGUUUCAAGACCGAUGCUGACCCAACUCCCAUCGACAGUGACGAUGAAGAUGACAUCCCACUUGCACACCUAGCUAACCUUCCAGUUCCUUUCGAUCGAUACGUCUCUGUAGAUACUGAUCUCCAUACUAGUGCUACUAUGACAAAUGAUGACAUCGUUGAUGAAAUCCUGCAGCGUAAGAACGACAACACUGACGACUACGCUGAUGCUGAGACUGCCGAUAAUGAUGUAUCCGUACCACCAGAACCCACUACCGACAUGACUACGGACGCUUGCGCCCUACUCAUCCGUGCGUUGGAGACUCAUCCCAACAAAUCAACAGAUAUACUGACAUUACUCCGCAUAUCCGAUUUUUUCCUCCGCGAGGACCUCGUCCGCCAGUCCAAUGCAAGAACCCAGACUAAGAUUUCAGAUUACUUUGGUGACUUUGUGUGUGAACGUGAUUGUGAUGAUUGA